AGUUAGUUUCGAUUUAGAACGCGAGAAGUGCGGACAGAUAGUAAACAAAAUACAAUCAAAUGAUUGGAAUAUAUUUACUGAUCGGUGCAGUCACACUGCUCUAUGUCUACCUCAAGUGGACAUUCAGCUACUGGGAUCGCAAGGGUUUUCCCUCCACCGGAGUGAGCAUCCCUUUCGGUGGCCUGAAAUCCGUGACACAGGGAAAGCGAUCCUUCGGAAUGGCCAUUUACGAUUUGUACCAAUCGACCAAGGAACCUGUUGUCGGAAUAUAUCUUACUUUGAGACCAGCUCUCCUGAUUAGAGAUGCUCAAUUGGCUCACGAUAUGUUGGUCAAGGACUUCGCCAGCUUUCACGAUCGUGGUGUUUAUGUGGAUGAGGAGAACGAUCCCAUGUCCGCGAGUUUGUUUCAAAUGGAAGGAGCAAGCUGGAAGGCACUGCGUAACAAGCUUACGCCUUCUUUUACGUCCGGAAAACUAAAGGCCAUGUUCGAGACCUCCGAUUCUGUCGGAGAUAAAUUGAUAGCCAGUAUGAAGGCACAAUUGCCUCAAUCGGGCAGCAAGGAGUUGGAACUUAAGAAACUAAUGGCAACCUAUGCCAUCGAUAUUAUUGCAACGACUAUUUUUGGCCUUGAUAUUGACAGCUUUGCAGAUCCAAACAAUGAAUUUCAGGUUAUUAGCAGAAAAGUCAAUCGUAGAAACUUUGAAGAUAUUGUUCGUGGAGCAUCUAGUUUCCUUUAUCCCGGCCUGGAAAAGUUCUUUGUGCGAAUCGGCUGGAAACAGGAGGCCACAGAAAGGAUGCGCGAGUUGUCAAACCGAACAGUCGAUCUCAGGGAGCAGAACAAUAUUGUGCGAAAGGAUUUGCUACAACUUCUCCUGCAGUUGCGCAAUCAGGGAAAGAUCAGUACUGAUGAUUCAGUUUGGACAGCGGAGAGUACAAAAAAUGGAGUGAAAUCCAUGUCGAAAGAUUUGAUUGCCGGGCAGCUAUUUCUGUUUUACAUAGCGGGCUAUGAGACAACGGCAUCCACGACAUCCUUCACUCUCUACGAGCUCACCCAAAAUCCGGAGGUGAUGGAAAAGGCGAAGGAGGAUGUACGCAAUGCCCUCGAAAAGCACGGCGGGAAACUAACCUACGAUGCCAUUUCGGACAUGAAAUACCUGGAGGCUUGUGUACUGGAAACCGCUCGCAAAUACCCAGCUCUUCCACUGUUGAACAGAGUCUGCACCCAGGAUUAUCCUGUGCCCGAUAGCAAGCUAGUAAUCAAAAAGGGCACACCAGUUAUAAUCUCCCUAAUUGGAAUGCACCGGGAUGCCGAGUACUUCCCCGAUCCACUUAGCUAUCAGCCAGAACGUUAUCUAGAAGAUAACAAAAACUUUAACCAGGCGGCAUAUAUGCCUUUUGGGGAGGGACCCAGGAUGUGCAUCGGUGCCCGCAUGGGAAAGGUGAAUGUAAAGAUAGCGAUUGCCAAGGUUUUGUCGAAUUUUGAUCUGGAGAUCAGAAAGGAAAAGCGUGAGAUUGAAUUUGGAAUUAAUGGAGUACCGCUGAUGCCCAAGGAAGGUGUUCCCGUUCGUCUUUCCCUCAAGAAGUAGCCACUAAACUUAGAUUAGAACCCUAUAAAACCUAGAAAAUAAACUGCAAUUUGUAAAAAAGAAAA